AUGGUGGCUACAGGCUUGCAAGAUCGCAGCCGCAGCCCGCGCAAAACUGAUGAUGCCAAGAUCAUCGACGGGCGCCGAAUUGCUGCAGCCCUGUGCGACGAUGUGAAAGCGGCCACCACAGAGCUGCAGGCCAAGUAUGGCGUGACCCCGGGCCUUGCCAUCAUCGAGGUGGGGAACCACAGCUUCGGCCAACUCAUUGACUGCUUGAGACCAGAGAAGGCUGAUGAGCAGAAGAUCAAUUUGUCCAACUUCGCGGAGCUGAAAGCAAAGAUGGCUGAGAGAUGUGGCAUGCAUGCACAGAUCUUGCGCUUCAGUGAGACUGUACAGCAGAGCCGCCUACUGAAGAUCAUCAGUGACUUGAUGGCUGAUGCAAGCAUCCAUGGUAUCGUCGUGGAGUUGCCGCUGCCGCAGCAUUUGAAUGAAGUUGAGAUCCUGCAGGCCAUCGGUCCUGCUAAGGACGUGGAUGGCUUAUCCUUCUCCAACCUAGGCCGCGUCUUGGCAGCGGGAGGCUACAAGUUUGGGGCAGAACCCGAAUCGCGGCCAACAGUGCCGAUGGGCGUCAUGGAGCUGCUGCUGCGCUCCCAUGUAGAUCUCCACUCCAAGCAUGCUGUGGUACUUGGCCGCUCCAGUACCGUGGGAGCUCCACUUGCUGCAUUGCUAACUGCUCACGACUGCACUGUGACGACGUGCCAUAGUCAAACUGCCAACUUGCAGGAGCACAUCCGACAGGCGGACAUCUUGGUCUCCUGCGCUGGGAGACCCGGCCUAGUGCGCGGUGAGUGGAUCAAGCCUGGUGCUGUGGUCAUCGACGUGGGGAUGAAUGUUGUUCCUGAUGCGCAGCGGGGUCAACGCAUCGUCGGUGACGUUUGCUUCCAGGAGGCUCUGUCCAAAGUCUCGAAGAUCACGCCGGUACCAGGGGGCGUUGGGCAAAUCUCCUUUGCCAUUCUGAUGCGCAACGUUCUAAACUUGGCCAGGCAUUCCGUGAGCCUGACUCGGUUAGGCAUCGGCCCAAGUGGCCACGAGAUGUUCAGGUGCGCGGAUGUCUUACGAUUCCCCGAUAUUGGCUUGAAGGUUCCACGGGUGCUUCUGCCACGGAAGGGCCUUGACCUCACCAAGUGGUGCGUCAUUGCAUGUGACCAGUACACAUCCCAGCCACAGUACUGGAAAGAUGUCAAAGGUUCUGUGGGGGACUCACCGUCCACCCUGAAUUUGAUUUUUCCUGAAGUGUACCUGGGUGAUGCAAAAGCAAACCAGCAGAUCAUCCGCGGCAUCCGCGAUAAGAUGCACGAAUAUGACAGAGACCGUAUCCUUGUGCCUCAACACCCAGGCUUCGUCCUGAUCGACCGAAAGACACCCCAUGUCGCAAGUCGUAAGGGCCUUUUGGUCGCCCUCGACCUGGACAUGUACAGCUUUGCUAAAGGCUCUCAAAGCUUGAUCCGGCCAACCGAGAAGACGAUUCCCGAACGACUUCCGCCUCGAAUUGCCAUCCGUGAGCAGUCUCCCCUGGAGCUGCCUCACAUUCUGGUGUUGAUCGAUGAUCCGAAGAGAACAGUGAUUGAGCCGCUGUUCAACCGCUGUGGUGAUUUCCCAAAGCUUUACGACUUUGAACUGAUGAAGGGCAGUGGCCUUUUGAAGGGAUUUCACGUGGCACAGAGUGACGCCGUGGAAGGUGUUGUACAAGCACUUCGGGCUUUGGCCUCCCGCGAGGCUUUCGAGGAGCGCUAUGGGGCCUCGAAGGAUCAGGAGGUAAUCCUCUUCCCAGUGGGUGAUGGGAACCACUCGCUAGCUACGGCGAAACAGUGCUGGGAAAACCUGAAGAGGAAAGGAGCGGAUCCAGAGGACCAUCCUGCGCGCCAUGCUCUCGUCGAGCUUGUGAACAUCCAUGAUGAGGGCAUGACCUUUGAGCCAAUCCAUAGGCUCGUCUUCAAUGUGGACGUAGAGAAGGCCUUGGUGGAAUUUCAACAAAAGCUCAUGGACCUUGGCUGGGGACCCGUCACGAUUUUGAAGGGCGCCUCCUUGAGCACCGUGUCAGACAAGCCAGGCUGCCACUACAUUGAGUUCAGGAGCAAACAAAGCAGCGGAGUCAUUGCCGUCCAUGGCGCAAAGCUGGUUUUAGAGGUCGCCACGCUGACAACCUGGCUUGACCCCUUCUUGGCGGCGAACCCCAAAGCCUCAGUCGAUUACGUCCACGGAGAGGAAGUAAUUUCAGAGAAAACCGCAGAGGAUGGGACCUUGGCUUUCCUCUUGCCCAUCAUGGAUAAGAAUGACUUGGUGAAAACAGUAGUUCGGGAAGGUGUUCUUCCCCGCAAGACCUUCUCAAUGGGAGCAGCCGAUGAGAAGCGCUUCUACUUUGAAUGCCAGCGAAUUGCCGUCUCUUCGCCAAGAGACCUGGCGCGCGCAUGGUUUGAGCCAGGGCCGUCAAUGAUGGAGUGGCGUGCUGCCUGCACGGCAGUCACCGUCCCCAAGAAGGACGAUCAUCCGCGGGAUCGGGUUUGGAUCCUUGGGGGUGUGAACGAGCGCAGCGAGCGCUUGCGAACAACCGAGUGGCUAGAUGUGGUUCCGCUGGAGCGAAGAAUGCCGAGGUCACAGGACUUCGCUGGGCUGGCGCCAGCACAGGAAGCCACAGCCGUUGAGGCCCCACCGGAAGGAGAGCCUGCAGAAGGCGAGAAGCAGGAGGGUGCAGAAGCUAGCAAAGACGAGGAUACUGGCGAGGCUGCUGAUGCGGCGGACGGCACUGAUAAUGCGGAUGCUGCUGACGCUGACGACCCAGAAGAGAGCCUACCCACCAAGGAGGAGCCGACCGAGGUGUCACAGACGGAAGCAGCGGGCACGUCGAUCAAUGAAACUUUCCAGCCUGGCCCUCCUCUGACUUCGGCUCGUUCCGGUUUGGCUGCAGUGCGGCUCAGCGAUACAGUUGUUCUCGUGGCAGGAGGUGUUGGAGCAGAUGGAGAGGCGCUGGACACGACGGAGUUCUACGACUUUGACGGCCGCAAAGAAGAGAUGCAAGAAGGGCCCCUCUUGUCCUGGGGCUGUGACCGUCAGUUUGGCUUCAGCUAUUUCGCUGCGUCGCGAGCAGCAUAG